AUGGAUGGCCUUGCUGACCUUUGUUUCAUGGAGUUUAGAGAAAUUAUUAAAACCCUGAUCAUAACUGGUAAUUCAUGGAGACUACAUGAAAUGAUUGAAAAAUUCUUCAUCAACAUAUCAAAUUUCAACAGGGAGUCUCUGACUGAAAUGCAGAAUAUUCAGAUUGAAGAAAUUGCAGUGAGCCUGUGGAACUGGGCAGUUACUAAGAGAAUAGAACUGUCUGUGAGGAAAAACCAGGCAGCUAAACUGUGUUAUAUUGCUUGCAAGCUGGUACGUAUGCAAGAAAUCUCAAUUUCUUCAGAAGAAGCUAUUCAAAGACAGAUUUUGAUGAAUAUGAGAACAGGGAAAGAAUGGUUGGAUACUGGAAAUGCUCAGAUUGCUGAUGAAUUCUUUCAAGCUGCCAUGGCUAAUCUGGAGAAAUUAUAUGUCAGAUUAAUGUGGAGAUGCUACACUGAGGCUAACAUAGCCAUGUAUAAGAUCACUGUGGAGAAGGGCAUCUUCCAUGUGCUUUCUUACCAAGCUGAGUCAGCUGUUACUCAAGGGGAUUUCAAGAAAGCAUCUACAUGCAUCUUACGUUGUAAAGAUAUGCUGAUGAGGCUCCCUGGAAUGACAAAAUAUCUUCAUGUACUCUGUUACAACCUUGGAGUAGAGACAAGCAAGCAGAAUAAAUACAGAGAGAGUUCAUUCUGGCUUAGCCAAAGCUAUGAAAUUGGGAAGAUGGAUAAUAAUUCUGUUCAACCACAAAUGCUGGCUAAAGCUCUGCGGUUUCUAGCCACCAUUUAUUUGAAGUGCGGUGAUGAAGCAUAUUAUAACAAGGCCCUCAUUGCUAUACUCAUUGCAAACAAGGAACAUUUAGGUCCAGCUGGGCUUUUCUUAAAGAUGAGGAUCCUCAUGAAAGGCAGAACGUGUAAUGAAGAACUCCUUGAAGCUUCUAAGGAAAUGCUGUAUCUUGCUAUGCCUUUGGAGUUCUGUCUGAGCAUUAUUCAAUUCCUGAUAGAUAAUGAGAGAGACUCUGUUGGCUUUUGCUUCCUGAGGGUCAUCUUUGAGCAUUUUAAGUUGCCAGAAGAUAGGAAGAGGAUUCUGUUGUUCUACGUUGACAUGCUUUUACAAAAGGAUCAAGACGUGAUUGCUGAAGAGCAGAUUAAAGAAAUUAUUAUAGAUCACCAAACAAGAAGUCGACUGACAAGAGAUUUAGUAAAUUGGUUACACAACAUUCUGUGGGGAAAAGCUGCCAGAAGUGUUCAGGUCCAAAAUUAUGCCAAUGCUCUACACUGGUACAGUUAUUCUCUGAAGUUGUAUGAGUGUGAUCAAACGGAUCUGGAUUUGGUCAGGCUGAAGAGGAACAUGGCUUCCUGUUACUUACCUUUGAAUCAACUUGAUAAGGCUAAAGAGGUCAUAGCAGAAGCUGAGCAACAGGAUCCUACAAACAUUUUCACUCAGUAUUAUAUAUUCAAGAUUGCAGUCAUCGAGGGUGACGCUUACAGAGCUUUACAGGUAGUCAGUACUUUAAAGGAAUUAUUAAUGGAUGAAGAAUCAGAAGAUCGUGGACUAAUUGAAAGUGGAGUUUCAACUUUCAAAAUCCUAAAUUUAUCUAUAGAGUUUGCUCUACAGAAUGGACAACAAUUUGUGGCAGAAAAAGGUUUGGAGUAUUUAUCUCAACUUUCAAAAGACCAAAAAGAAGUACUUGGAGCUUUAAAGUGUCUCAUUCGAAUUAUUCUUCCACAAACUUUCCAAAUGCCAGAAUCUGAAAAUAAAAAGAAAGAAAUGGAUAGACUUUUGAACUACUUGAAUGCAGCACUCCUGAAAUUUUCUGAACAUUUUAAUGAAACUCGCUCAACUGUGGAUUCUAUGGUUAAUGAUGCCAAUUGGUUCAGGAAAAUAGCUUGGAACUUAGCUCUGCAAUCUCAGAAGGAUCUAGAAGCAAUGAAAAACUUUUUCAUGGUUUCUUAUAAGCUGUCCCUUUUUUGUCCUUCGGAUCAAGGACUACUGAUUGCACAGAAAACAUGUUUACUUGUAGCAGCUGCAGUUGAUCUACAGCAAGGAAGAAAAGCUACAACAGCUUCUGAACAGAACAAGUUACUAAGAACCGCACUUAAGCAAAUCCAGAAAUGCAAAAGUGUUUGGAAUCUCCUGAAACAAACAGGGGACUUCUCAGGUGAUGACUGUGGAGUAAUGCUUCUGCUGUAUGAAUUUGAAAUUAAAACCAAAACGAAUGACCCAUCACUGAAAAGCUUUCUGGAUUCAGUUUGGAAGAUGCCUGGUUUAGGAAGUAGAACCCUUGAAACAAUAGCAUUACUAGCUAUGGAUAAGCCUGCACACUUUCCUACUAUUGCACAGAAGGCCUUGAAAAAACUUUUACUGAUCUACAGAAAGAAAAAGCCAGUUGAUGUUUUGAAAUACAGCGUAUGCAUGCACAAGUUGAUUGAACUUCUGGUGACAGAUGAAGUAUGGAAUGUAGCAUUGUACCCCCUAAAAGAAGUUUGGAGCCAUUUAAAAAAUGCUCUCAGCCUCAUUAGCCAAACAGAAAUCUACCCAGAAGAGGAGAUUGCAUGGCUAAUGAUCAAGGCUUGGAAUAUUGGAGUAUUGAUGUAUAGCAAGGACAAGUAUGUAUCUGCAGAAAAGUGGGCUGGAAUGGCAUUGGAGUUCCUUGGCCACCUUGACUCCCUCAAACCCAGCUAUGAAGCAAAGGUGAAUCUUCUGUAUGCCAACCUCAUGGAAGCAUUAGAUAAAAGGACUUAA